AAGAGCUAAAGGCGACGAGGUGUGUUUGAGUAAAAAAAAAAAACAUUGAAAAUGUUGAAAGAUUUGAUAAGACAGCGACUAAUAGUGGUAGCUGACGAAAUAUUUGCUAUGUUUGAAAGAACAAUAGCGUCGUACGAGGAGGAACUGUUUCGAACAAAAGAGGAAAAUGAGCGACAUCGACAACAACUGGAAGCUUUGAGCCAGACUGGAACUGUUCUACAAAUUCAAGACGUCCAGCAGCUGACCGGUCAUCAAGAAGAAUGCCCUCCUCAGUCGCAGGCCGCCAGCUCCAAUGUGAAGCAGGAGGAUUCACAACCCUCUGACAUUAAAGAGGAAGAUGAGGAACUACGGAUCACUGAGGAGGGAAAGUGUCUGCAAGGGCCGGAGGAGACUGAUCUCAACAAGUUGCCACUGACUGUUAUCUCUGUGAAGAUUGAAGAUGGUGAAGAGGAACCACAAGCAGACAACCUAUUCGCUCCACUAUCAGAUAGUGAGGCCGAAGACAGAGUUGAAGAACCUUUGAGCGGCAAUGCAGACUGUGAAGGUGAUCUAAGGACUCACACUGACAACAAACACUCUGAAUGCUCUGAGAAGACAAGUGAAGAACAUUUGACCUGCUCCCUUUGUGCUAAAAGCUUUACUAAAAAGAGCAAUUUCAAUGCACACAUGAGAACGCACACAGAAGAAAAACCCUUUAAGUGCUCAGCUUGUGAUAAACGAUUCUCUUACCGUUCAACUAUGGUGUCACACAUGAUAACACACACAGGAGAAAAACCCUUUCGAUGUUUAGUUUGUGCUAAAAGCUUUUCAUACAAAGGUAAUUUGAAUGUUCACAUGCAGUCACACGAAACAGAGAAAUCCUUUAGGUGUUCGGUUUGUGACAAAAGCUUUUCUUACAAGAGUAAUUUGAAUGCACACAUGCAGACACACAAAACAGAGAAACUUUUUAGUUGCUCGUUCUGUAGUAAAGGUUUCUCUCAGAAUGCAACUUUGGUAUCGCACAUGAGAAUACACACUGGCGAAAAGCCUUUCAGAUGCUCAGUUUGCGACAAAAGAUUCUCUCAGAAUGCAACGUUGGUAUCGCACAUGAGAACGCACACCGGAGAAAAACCCUUUAAAUGCGCAAUUUGUGGCGAAAGCUUUUCGAACAAAUGCAAUUUGACGCAACACAUGCAUACGCACAAAGCAGAAAAAACCUUUAGCUGCUCUGUUUGUGAUAAAAGCUUUUCUUACAACAGUUCUUUGUAUGCACACAUGCAGACGCACAACACAGAAAAACCCUUUCAGUGCUCAUUUUGUGGUAAAAGAUUCAGUCAAAAGGUCAAUAUGGAAUCCCACAUGAGAACACACACUGGAGAAAAACCCUUCAUUUGUUCAGUUUGUGAUAAAAGAUUCUCUCACAAUACCACUUUGGUAUCACACAUGAGAACGCACACAGGAGAAAAACCUUUUAGUUGCACAGUUUGCGGUGAUACAUUUUCUUACAGAUAUAGUGUGACUCAACACAUGCGGACCCACAAAACUGAAAAACCCUUUCGGUGCUCAGUUUGUGGUAAAAGAUUCAUCCAAAAACUAAGUAUGGAAACACACAUGAGAACACACACUGGAGAAAAACCUUUUAAAUGCGCAAUUUGCGGUAAAAACUAUUCGUAUAAGAAAACUUUUGCAGCUCACAUGCAAACACACAAUGGAGAAUAACGGUUUCCCAGUCCAUUGUGCUAAACCAGGAGUUCCCACUACGUCGAUCGUGAGCUACCGCUUGAUUGCCAGGCAUUCAAAAAAAUGACAUAUUAUCAAUCUUCACUAUGAUGACGACCAGCAGGAACAAUAAGUGAUGCCAUCCUGCCUGCGUUAACAGAAUACGAGUCUUAGAUUACUAGCGCACACAAGCUGACAAGCUAUUGACUUAGCCACCACUUUCAUGUGGAGGAUUGUGUUCCCCUCAACAAUGCAAAUCCGAAGUUGUGGAACGUAUCAGCAACUCCUGUGUAUCCUCUAAGAUUCCAAUCAAUGCAAGUCAUCAGAAUAAGGUAAUACACUCACUUAUAUCGUUGUCUUCGAGAACAGACGGGAAUCUAUAUGCAUUCAACAUGUUUGUAGUUUGUAUUAUAUGUAUGUUAGGUCAGGAAAAAAACAGAGGAAUUUUCAUCCCUACAAGCCUGUUUCGCAGGGUUCUCUACUCUUCAGGGGAUUUUAUGAAACAGGCUUGUAGGGAUGAAAUAGCCUGUGUGUUUUUUCCUGACCUAACCUAUAUAUUCCGCUUUACCCGGGUAUUGAACACUGUAUAACGGAUAAACCACAGAA